AGCGUGCGAAACUAAACUUGACGAUCUGGGCCCGCGGCCGGUGCGCGGCAGCUCUGGGUGCAAAUCAUCGAUUCAAGCUUCUGAAGAAGCCGAUGCCAUAAACGAUUCUUGCGUCUCAAUGCCUCGCGAUCCAUUUCAACUCUUCUUCUAAUUCUCAAAUAUAUCCUUCUGCUGCUUUUGUUAUCACGUUCCCAUCAGCUCGUUCGCAAUUUUUUACCUUCAUUCCCAAGCCAUUAACUCUCCUCACCAACUUUGACCCCAACUCUAGUAUUUAAUGGAAGUUUUUUCCCCCCUCUUCAGAUCUCUGAUUCUCACUUCAUUUUCUAUCUCCGAUGGUAUUUCCUAGCAAUUGCACUCUGUCUCUGAAUUCCCUUCUUAGUAAAUUUUCGCAUAAUCGUUCGGCGAAGAAUUUGGACCAUUUUUUCUGAUUCUAUGCUUCGUAAACCCAAUAGAUAGAUGUGACUUUGGGAGGGAUCUGGGAACCCCGAAGGACGCGAAGACGGCGAUGUUUGGGGCCAUACAGUUAGGUUUGUUCGCGGCGUGUGUGGUGCUUUUUGUGCCGAUGGGUAUGGCGGGCUGGCAUUUGAGCCGAAACAAGAUGCUCUUCUUCAGCGGUGCCCUCUUCAUCACACUCGCUGUAGGUGUUCACCUCACUCCUUACUUUCCUUCAGUAUCUGAUUUCGUUACUUCUGUGUCUUCUAUCGUUGUUUUGGACGAUCGCAAUUCUUGCUUUUCUUCGCUGCACGAGAUUGAUUGGGAAGUGAGGGCCAGCAGCAACUAUGAUCCUUUGAAUAAUAAUUCUCUGAAUUACGACAAGUCUUGGUAUUGGAGGCAAACUAGUUCGGUUGAUUCUUGCGAGUUUCAGAAGUUGAAACGGCCUGAUGUUGCGGAUUUGCUUAACGGGUCGUGGGUAAUGGUGGCGGGGGAUUCCCAAGCGCGGUUCUUCGCACUUUCGCUGCUAAGUAUGGUUUUGGAUUCGGAGCAAAUGGAAUCGGCUCGAAAAUUGUUGUUUAGGAGACAUAGCGAUUAUCAAAUCGUCGUUAAUGAGAUUGGGAUGAAAUUAGAUUUCAUAUGGGCACCUUAUACGACCAAUUUAACUGAUUUGGUGAAGGGUUUCAGUGAAAGUCGCAAUUACCCUGAUGUUUUGGUGAUGGGUUCAGGUCUAUGGGAUAUGCUUCGCAUCACAAAUGCUUCAGAUUAUCGCGUCUCGUUACAAUUACUAAGGAGUUCUAUAACAUCACUUUUGCCUAUCUCACCAGAAUUUGGGACGGAGGGACCUGGGACAGGUUCUGUGUCGGUUAGAUCGUCAAACUUGUUUUGGCUUGGGUUGCCGACUUUGAUUAACUCCAUGUUGAAUACAGAGGAGAAGAGGGAGAAGAUGACUGAUCUUAUGAGAGUUUCGUAUGAGAGAGAACUUAAAAAAAGCAAGAUUUUACAGCAAUUUGGUGGUCCCUUUCAACUACUAGAUAUAGGAUCACUUAGUUGGAAUUGUGGGAUCCGAUGCACGGAUGAUGGGAUGCAUUAUGAUGGAGCUGUCUAUGAAGCAGCGGUUCAUAUUUUGUUAAAUGCAUUGCUAAUUGUAUCUCAUCAAAAGCUCUGAAGCUUGUAGAAUUGGUUUUCUCCUAGAGGCACCUGGCUCCCUUCAAGGGAUAUACUUGGUAGGAUAACAAUUUUGAUUGUAGGUUGAAUUUUCUUUCCUAGUUUGAUCUUUGUCUUAUGUUAUUGUAUAUUUCUAAUUUUUUCCUGGGACCAUAGAUUUAAUUAGGUGGUAGAGUUAUUAUUGUUGCAAAUCACAUGUUACAUUCUUUUAGUUCCUUCUUUGUCUUGCUCCUCUGGACGUUAACAGAUCAUGUAGUCAUAAGCUGGUAUAAUUUCACAUCAAAUUCUCAUGUCAGAGAAAAUUUAAAUUUCUGUAUAAACAA